CCGGCUAGCCUACCACUCGGACCAACCACCGGGUUAGAACAGGAUGCCCAUUACUGGCCUUUCUCUGCGCCGCGUUCGCCUCCAUACACUGCUGGAAUCUCGUUGUCGAGCUAACUGGGCGACCGCAAUGACCUACGCUACCGUCGCAAAGCUGCAGCUGAAGGAUGCCAGCCUGCUCAAGCACCAGGGCUUCAUCGGUGGACAAUGGGUCGACGCCAAAGACAAGGCGGUGUUCAAAGUUCUUAACCCAGCGACGCAGGAGGAGCUCGGUGCCGUAGCGGACAUGGGCGUCGAAGAGGCGAAGCGCGCCAUCGACAUCGCAGGUGAGGCGUUCAAGACCUGGAGCAAGACGACGGGAAGGGAACGACAUGAUAUCCUCCUCAAGCUCUACAAGCUCAUGCAGGACAACGCCGAGGACCUGGCGAUGAUUCUCACUGCGGAAAAUGGCAAGACCAUUACCGAGGCCAGGGGCGAGAAUGCGUACAGCGCAUCUUUUGUCGAGUGGUUUGCGGAAGAAGCUAUCCGAACCUAUGGCCAGACGAUCCCCUCGGCUAUGAUCGGUCUACGCAAUGUGGUCGUGAAGCAGCCUGUGGGUGUAUGCUCCCUUCUCACGCCCUGGAACUUCCCUUCGGCUAUGAUCGGCCGUAAACUGGCACCUGCACUCGCUGCCGGAUGCACGGCAGUGAUCAAGCCUCCUUCCGAGACGCCCUACAGCACGCUCGCCCUUGUCGAGCUCGCAAAGCGCGCCGGCGUCCCCGAUGGGGUCAUCAACGUCGUCCCGACCGAGGUGCAUCUCAAAGAUGUCGGUAAGGAGCUGUGCGAGAACAAGACUGUCAAGAAGAUCUCGUUUACGGGCAGUACGCCGGUUGCGAAGCUGCUCAUGAGCCAGGCGGCAACUAGUCUCAAGAAGGUGUCCUUCGAGGCCGGCGGGAACGCACCUUUCAUCGUCUUCGACGAUGCGGAUAUCGAGGCAGCCGUCGAGGGCGCCAUCGCCAGCAAGUUCCGUGCCAGUGGCCAGACUUGCGUCUGCGCCAACCGCAUCUACGUGCACUCCUCCGUCUACGCCGACUUUGCUUCCCGCCUCGCUCAGAAAGUCGACGGGUUCAAGAUCGGUAACGGCAUGGAUAAGGAGACGACGCACGGACCGCUCAUCCACGAGAAGGCGAUCGAGAAAGUCCAGCGGCACGUAGACGAUGCUGUCUCCAAGGGCGCGUCGAUCCUCGUUGGGGGCAAACGGGCCGAGGGGCUCCCAGGGUUCUUCUACGAGCCUACGGUGCUUGCUGAUGUGGACCCACGCGCGCAGGUCACGGACGAGGAGACGUUCGGUCCCGUCGCAGCGCUGAUCAAGUUCGAGACGGAGGAGGAAGUGAUCCGGCUCGCGAACGAUACGGACGUCGGGCUCGCCGGGUACUUCUUCAGCCGUGACGUGGGCCGGGUGUGGAGAGUCGCUGAGGCCCUCCAGGUGGGCAUGGUUGGCGCUAACACGGGUAUGAUCUCCCAGCCUGUGAUCCCCUUUGGAGGAGUGAAGGAAUCUGGGCUGGGACGCGAGGGCGGGCCGCACGGGAUAGACGAGUACAUGAACACAAAGUUUAUCGCUUUUGGCGGCCUGUGAUCUCCCUAUCGAUAUCCUAGUACAUGGCGUACACCCCGAUAGUACAAAAUGAACCGAAAUACAGAUUAGCUUAGAC